GGCUCUGAAAUCCAAGAUAGUCCUCGUGGAGCGCCAAGUGUUGCAUCUACAAAGAGAGAAGAUGUCAAUUAUCAUCACUCACAACCACAUGUGGUCCCACAAGGAGGUAUUCCUAUUCAAGGACAAGUACUCGUUGAUCCAGCAACCGGACAACACUAUAUUGUACCCCAGGCAACGUUUUAUCCGCCUCCCGUUCAACCAAUGUAUUUUCAACCGCCGCCAGCUCCGGUCUAUUACCCUUAUGGACAAGUUCCAACACAGGGUUACGUGAUGCAGUCAGCACCACCCCAAGCCCAAUAUUCAGUUCCAAUAGCUGCUUACCAGCAGCGGCCGUACGGUUUUCGGCCAGGUUAUGCACAGAGUACCACAUCUAGCGAAGAUAUUAGCAGAAGAGAUGAUGAAAGAAGACUUGAAGACCCGCCACCUUCUUCGCCCUCGAUAUCGUUGGCUACCCAGUCGGGAUUUUUUCCUACAAGUUUUGUCCCGACUACUACUGCUACGCCAUUUCCUCUUCAGUAUCGCCACCAGCAAAACCCUCAGCGCAGUAGCCCGAAUAGUCAGCCUGAAGAUCCCGAGAAUGGAAGGGACGGAUUCAGGAGGGAUGUCACUCGCUCGAGCUCGGAAUUCCAACGCGUGUCUGGUGAUUUCCGCAGGCAAGGAAGUGGUGAAUUUGGCCGUUCCACUGAUAGCUUCUCUCGCGUUGCUAAUGGCGAAACAGCCAGAAGUGAGGCAUAUUUCCGAGGUAGCGCUCCAGAAAAUGACGCGUUCAAUCGAAGCAGCAGUGAGGCACGGAUGACAGAACGAACCCCUCUAUACGGAGGGCCUCCACCAUGGUGGGGUCGUCAUCCCGGUGAUCAUGACGAUUCCCUCACCGAUGUUGAAAGUCCUCGUGCUCAUCCGCGGUCGUCACCUCCUUCUUCCGCAAUGUCAGAAGCAGAACUAUCACGCGUUCGACAGAUACCUGCAAAGGCUGUUAGAAUGGACAUAGAUUUAAGUAAAGUAGGCGACGAUGAAGCGCCUAGACCAAAACCGACCACAUCCCGAUCUGUUCGUAUGGAUAUCGAUCUCAGCAAAUUACCAGAUGAAACAAAAGUGGUUGAGAAGAAAGCACCAUCACGCGCUGCGGCAACAGCGUUUACCGUCAACUUUGAUUCCGCGGACGAAGAGGUUUCGCUCCAAGAUGCAGCAAGGAAGUCGGCACAGGCUCGCCGAAUUCUUGGUCGUCGUUCUGGUGGAGGUGGUUCUGCCACUUCGUCAGGUAGUCAGGAUAGCGGUCAACGCGCUGCUACCGAUCUCCCGCAGGGAAAUCCCAGCAACAAGCGUUAUCUGCUAAACAAGCUAUUACAAGGCGAAGGGCAAAAUUCUGAAGAGAACGCUGAGGGAGCAGAUGUUGAAGAACGCAAGGAGUGCGACGUGUCUAGCGAAGCUGGCACUUACGUAGUCGACAUGAGUUCAAGAGUUGGGGGUGGUCCAGCGAGCCAGUUGAUGACGGCAAAAAUAAUCGAAGACUCAGAUGCAUCUUCGGAUAGUAGCAGUGAUAGCGACAGCGAAUCAGAUGGUUCGCCUAUCCCACGUCAGAAGCCGGCAGUCUUGCCUCAAAAGUCACCCGUUUCAAAAACUGCACCAGCCCAACCAGAAGCGCCCACUGUUGAACGCACUGAUGUAACAAAAGAGAUGUCAAAACUGCGUUCAUUGGCAGGACUUCGUCCAACUUCAUCUCCAGCCGAAUCACGUGCCGCCGCAAACACUGCUCGACCAUCUGGAAUGUACGACAACUCACGACCUGGUCCAGCAACUCCUCCACAACUCCCACGUCCAUGUACUGGAAGAUCAUCGCUGGGUGCUCAGCAGUCCAACAGAUCUGCUCUAGCUGCAUCUCGAGUUGGGACGGCUUCUUCUUCAUCUUCAAACGCGCCCUUCAGGUAUACAAGUAUUUUGUUUUAG